AUGAAGUUCUCCCACUCGCUUCAAUUCAACGCGGUCCCCGAAUGGGCAUCCAAGUACAUCGCAUAUACUACGCUCAAGAAACUCAUCUAUGCGCUUCAAAGUGAAUCUGUUCGCCGCAACAAAGACGACUUGGAGGCUGCUCCGCUCGUGCGCAACGAACAGCUGGCGCUGAACGACCCCGUGACCGUUUUCACCAAGGCGUUGGACGCCGAACUCACCAAGAUCGACGAGUUCUACAAAACGCAAGAACACCAGAUCUUCCGCUCGCUCGACGAGUUGAUCGCAGACAUCAAUGCGUUCGAGGAGGACUUGGACAUGUCCGGCCUGCGCGAGCGGGUUUCGGGCGCCAAACUGGACCGCAAACGGCGGAAAUCGAGGGACGGAGAGACCAGUGCGCUGGACUUUGUAAAUGCGGCGCCAACGGAGCUGGAGUGGCUGGGCGACAACUUGCCGGUGACCACGGACCCAGACACGGAGUUUGACCACGACGACUCCGAUAACGAGCAGACGCAGCUCUAUCGCGGCGAGGAGGGCGCCAGCGCCCGGAAACACUUGCGUAAAUCCAUGUCCAUAGAUAAUUACUUAAAACUGCCCAAGACGUCGGGCGCGUGGUCGUCCAACGUCAAUCUGUCGUCGCUUCCUCCGCAGCUUCUCUUGUUUUCCGAGACUAGAGUGGUGUUGAGAAAGAGAGUCAUUGCAUUGUACACCACCAUGUCCGAGCUCCAGAGCUACAUCGAGUUGAACCAGACCGGUUUCAAGAAGGCGCUCAAGAAGUUCGACAAGUCCUUGGGCUGCAAGUUGAAGGACGACUACAUGACCAGCUUGCCGCAACGGUCCUACAUCUUCAAGGAGGCUACCAUGGCCACCGUUAACAAGAACUUGGACUCGCUCGUGAAGGUGUAUGCCGUCAUUUGCGAUUUGGACAACUUGGACAACGCCAAGGCCGAGCUCUCGGUGCAUCUCCGGGACCACGUCGUGUGGGAAAGAAACACCGUCUGGCGUGAUAUGAUCGGCUUGGAACGCAAUGCGCAAGCCGCCAACGCAAAGAAUGCGAAGGGCAGAAACGCGCAGGCUUCUUCCGGUGGCUUGGCCUCGUUUAACAUCUCGUUCCAGAACCCGACAAUCGUGACUUUGGCCCUCAUUGUAGGUAUCACGCUCAUUCUCUUGAACUUCUCGCCAUUUGAGGACUUCUCCCAAAAGAACUGUUUCGCAUUGUUGGUCUGUGCCUCCUUGUUGUGGGCCACCGAGACCAUCCCAUUGUUUGUCACGUCGUUGGUGAUUCCUCUUCUCAUCGUCAACUUCGGAGUCUUGAAGUAUCCCGAUGGCCUGAUCAUGAACCCUGCCGACUCCUCCAAGUUCAUUCUUUCAACCAUGUGGAACUCUGUGAUUUUGCUUUUGCUUGGUGGUUUCACUUUGGCUGCCUCCUUGACCAAAUACAAUAUUGCCAGAAUCAUCUCCACCUGGGUCCUUUCCAAAGCAGGAACGAGUCCUUCAAUGGUCUUGCUUACCAUCAUGUCUAUUGCUUUGUUUAUGUCGAUGUGGGUGUCCAAUGUGGCAGCUCCAGUGUUGUGUUUCUCGUUGAUCCAGCCUUUGCUCCGUACCCUUCCCAAGGGCUCUAAGUUCAUCAAUGCUUUGAUUCUCGGCAUUGCUUUGGCUUCCAAUAUUGGUGGUAUGGCCUCUCCCAUCGCGCUGCCUCAAAACAUGAUUGCCAUUGGAGCCAUGGACCCUCAACCCUCUUGGGGACAAUGGUUUGUGAUUGCACUUCCGGUGUGCAUUUUGUCGCUUCUUCUCAUCUGGGGAUUCCUUCUUUUUACUUUCAACUGCAACUCCAAGAACACGCAGCUUGUCAGUAUUCGUACCACCGAUGACAAGUUCACAGGCAUCCAGUGGUUCAUUGUGGCAGUCACCAUCAUCACCAUUUUGUUGUGGUGUUUCGCAUCUCGUCUUGAGGGUAUCUUUGGAGAAAUGGGAAUCAUUGCCCUCAUUCCAAUGAUUUGCUUCUUUGGCUCAGGACUUCUCACAACGGCCGACUUGAACAAUUACCCCUGGAAUAUUGUUGUUUUGGCAAUGGGAGGAACUGCCUUGGGUAAAGCCGUCGCCUCUUCGGGUCUUUUAUCGACGAUUGCCGUCACGAUCCAGAGGGAGGUCCAAGAUUACACCUUGUUUGGAGUCACCCUCACGUUUGGACUUCUCAUUCUCGUGAUGGCCACUUUUGUCAGUCACACCGUGGCCGCGCUCAUCGUGAUUCCUCUCAUUUCCGAGAUUGGCCAGAACCUCAAUGAAGCGCGCCCUAGACUUCUUAUUAUGGUCAGUGCAUUGCUCUGUUCUGCUGCCAUGGGAUUGCCCACGUCUGGGUUCCCCAACGUGACUGCCAUUUGCAUGACCGAUGAAUUUGGAAAGCCAUAUCUCACGGUCAACACCUUCAUCACGCGUGGUGUUCCGAGUUCGGUCAUUGCGUAUGCUAUCAUCGUGACUGUCGGCUACGGAACCAUGAGAUUGAUCAACUUCUAG